AUGCCGCAACUCGGACGCAACGACCUCAGAGUUGCAGCGGUGUGCGACGUCAAUACGGAAGCAGCUGCGCGUGCUGCCUGGCAGUAUGGCGCAGAUGAAGUCUAUGCCGACUAUCGCGACCUGAUUGCUCACAAGGGACUUGAUGCCAUCGGCAUGGCGGUGGGGCCGGACCUUCACCAUGUUGCCUCAAUCGAAGCUCUGAAGCAGGGCCUUCCAGUUUUCCUGGAAAAGCCGCCUGCAAAAAAUGCGGGCGACACGGCGGAUAUUGCUUCGGCAUCCGACAAAUAUGGAAAACCUGUUCUGCUCGGGUUCAUGAAACGGUAUUCGACCGGCAACAGAAUUGCCGGCAACUAUUUGAAAAGCGGCAAUUUUGGAGAUGUUCUGGGUGUCUCGGGAACCUACAUGACCGCCCCAACCUAUUUUGCCGGUGAAGUCGAUUUUUCAGGCUUCUAUCUCCAUCACUGUGUCCACUACAUGGACCUGAUUCCCUGGUUUGCCGGUUCGGACUUUACCGACAUGGCACUUCGCAAGAAUGAGCCCAAGCCCGGCCACCUUCUCUUCCAUCUCAAUUUUGAAUGCGGAAACGGGGUCAUCGGGACAGUCAUUAUGGGAACUGUUCAAUCACGCGGCACACCGAUGGAAUUUAUCCAGAUCAUGGGUGACCAUGUUCGUCUCGAAGUGGACAACAUCAUCAAUGUGGCCUGCUAUCGCGAUCCGCCCUUCAAGGCAGAAGACCCUGCAGCAACAUUGCUAGUUGGCGCGGACACCCUGUCCUGGACACCAAAUUUCACCGCCGCCGCAAACGAGGACCACAAAGGCUACAACGCGCUCAUCGCAGACGUCGCAAAUGCGUUGAAAGGAGGCCCGUCGAACGCCCCGGAUAUCAGGGACGGUGUGCGGGCAAUGGUAAAUCUGGAGCGCAUGAUUGCUCUCAUUUGA